CUGCGGCUGAUCUGGUGGUUGUUUCAGCGGAGACUCAUCUCUGCUCCUGCUCCAAACCCAGCUCCAAAUCCAGCCCUGGCCGAAGGGAACUCACACGAAAGCGGAUAGGGGAUAACAUUGAAGGAUAAAAUUCCCGUGUCCCUGAAGGCAGCGUGGACAUGGCCGGUGGACAUGAGUGCGGAUGGUUGUGAGACUGCAGUCAGAUCUGCUGACGAGAGAUGAGCCGGGGCGUUUCCAGACGGCACCAUGAGCAUGCAGGACCUGGGCGGGGCGUUGGGGGACUCCCUGGGCGGGGCGUUGGGGGACUCCCUGGGCUCUAGCCUGACGGUGGGGAUGAGCGGAGCAGGGGGCUGGUGGAGCGCUCUUUCCUUCAAGUCCCUGCCCUCAAUCUCUUCAGUGUUCCAGACCAUGGUGCCCACGGGCUACACCAGACUACAGGAAGAGCGGCUGGCCAUGGUCGACCUCGGAGUCAAACCCGAGGCCGGCUCCCUGCAGAACUGCUACAGGCAGGAAACAUCUCACACGGAGGGGAGACGGCUCCUGGACCGGGGCUCCCGCUCUUCUGUAACUUUAUCUGACGGCGGAGAUGGAAACUACUCGGAGACAGAGCCCAUGUUGGCUGAGAGGAGACUUUCUGGAGAGGAGGAGAAUGAAGACGGAGACGAACACGAGGAGGAAGGGCCGGGAGCAGAUGUUCUCAACAUGCCCAAAGAGUCUCCUCUGGCCAUGGCUCUGCAGAUUCUGGUGCCUUUUCUUCUGGCUGGAUUUGGAACGGUAUCAGCUGGAAUGGUGCUGGAUAUUGUUCAGCACUGGGAGGCGUUCCAGUACAUCACAGAGAUCUUUAUCCUGGUACCGGCUCUGCUCGGCCUGAAGGGGAACCUGGAGAUGACUCUGGCCUCCAGGCUGUCCACGGCGGUGAAUGUGGGUAAGAUGGACUCCCCCAUAGAAAAGUGGAACCUAAUCAUUGGCAACCUGGCGCUGAAACAGGUCCAGGCCACUGUCGUGGGUUUCCUGGCAGCGGUAGCAGCCGUGGUUCUUGGUUGGAUCCCAGAAGGGAAGUUUCAGAUGAGCCACGCUGUUUUGCUGUGCUCCAGCAGCGUUGCCACGGCCUUUAUAGCCUCCAUGCUGCAGGGUUUCAUCAUGGUGGGGGUCAUUGUAGGCUCCAAGAAAACUGGCAUCAACCCAGACAACGUGGCCACCCCCAUCGCCGCCAGCUUCGGUGACCUCAUCACGCUGGCCAUCCUGGCCGGGAUCAGCCAGGGCCUCUACAAGUGCCUGGACUCGUAUCCGUAUGUAUCAUCGUUGGUUUGCGCCUUCUUUAUGUGUCUGACUCCUCUGUGGAUCGUGAUCUCCUCCAAGCAUCCUGCCAGCCGCACCCUGCUCUACUCUGGAUGGGAGCCAGUCAUCACCGCCAUGGUCAUCAGUAGCAUCGGGGGGCUCAUCCUGGACAAAACGGUGUCCGACCCAAAUUUAGCUGGGAUUGUUGUAUACACCCCAGUUAUAAAUGGUAUUGGAGGAAACCUGGUGGCCAUUCAGUCCAGCAGGAUAUCCACCCACCUGCACUUCCACUGUGCUCCCGGCGAGGUUCCUGACGAGGCUAAAGGCUGCUACUACCCCUGCCGCACAUUCUGCGGCAAAGGAGCGAAUCACCGCUCUGCUCAAGUGCUGAUCCUGCUAGUGAUCCCCGGCCACCUCAUCUUCCUGUACACCAUCCACCUGAUGAAGAGUGGACACACCACCCUAACACCCAUCUUCAUGUCCGUCUACCUGGCUGCUGCCAUGCUGCAGGUGCUGCUGCUGCUCAGCAUAGCAGACUGGAUGGUUCACUCCAUGUGGCGGAGCGGCAAGGACCCGGACAGCUUCUCCAUCCCGUACCUGACGGCCCUGGGGGACCUGCUGGGCACCGCCCUGCUGGCGCUCAGCUUCCACUUCCUGUGGCUCAUCGGAGACCAGGACAGUGACGUGGGGGACUGAACACGCCUCUAACAGCCCACCACGUCGACGACAGGAAGUGCUCCGAGACUUGAUGGGAACCUGGGUGCUUCACUUCCUGUCGGAAACUCCAACCUCAUUCUGGUUUCAGGAGCAUCUUUCUCCCCAAGCGUCUUUUCCUCCACACAGAUGACACUAUAUGCUAUACUUUUCUUCAUAAUUUACCUUGCUAUAAAUCUGUCUAAUUGACACCAAACUAUCUGGAAGUCUCAUUGCUGGAGUUGGGUAGUCUGGAACGCACCGGCUCCCUCCCACAAUGCCGAGGGGGCGGUGCUGUUGAAAUAAUCAGCCAAAGGUUCUCUCUCUGGAAAACUUGGACAUUGAGGGGCCAGAUAGGGCAACCACCAAGAUCAUCAAGUAUUCAUCCAGAACAGAAGUAUUCUGUGGCCACCAGUAAGGCCUCUGAGAGACGGCCGUGAGCUUGUUUGAGAGAGGAGAGUUGGUUCAACACAUCACUCAGGAACAGUUAGGUCCAGUAGCUAUUACUCAUCCUGAGCAUGGAUGUCCUGUCGGUUCAGUCUCACAACCAGCCUUGGUGCUCACCAGUCCCACCAGUCCCACCAGUACAUGAGAGGAGUGGCGUCUGACCCCGGGGGGUUCAGGUUUACUGGUCUGGAGGGGAGUGGGGGGUCCUGUGCCAUGUUCAGGCUGAAUUCUGGUUCUGCGUUAAACCUACUCCGUAGGGUAGCGGCUACGCGGGAGUCUCUCCGUAGCCUACGCCGUAGCCUGCUAGCACCUCCCAAGAAAUGGAACUACCGUAUUUUCCGCACUAUGAGGCGCACCACACUAUAAGGCGCUACAGUAGAGGCUGGGGUUACGUUCUGCAUCCAUUAGACCAGGGGUCGGCAACCCACGGCUCUAGAGCCACACCCUAGUGGCUCCUGGAGCUGUUUCAAAAAUGUUUGACCUUUUUUGUCCUUUUUUUCUUCUUUUGUUUCUCUUUUUUCCUUUUUUUCUCUUUUUUUCUUCCUUUUUCCUUUCCUUUUUAAUCUCGACAUUUCGACUUUUUUCUCGA